GCAUUGUAGAAGCCAAACUGAUAUAAAACAAACAAAUAUUGAAGCAAUAACGAACCACCUAUAAACGCAGUCGGUUUGAACAAACGCACACUGGGCAAACGUUACUUCUCAUUUUGUCCACCUUAGUCCACUCAAUGUAUUGAAUCAACGUAUCAGAGCUUUAUGGACCGCUGUAUAGAGCCGCUGUUUUGAUCGAUAAUAAUGGAGGUCGCAUGAUAAAUGAAGAGAUUUUUAUCCUUUAAAACAAACCUAUGGCCUGAUCGCAUCAGAAACGCUUGUGAUGACGGAUCCCACUUCGUGAGAAGAGAGAACGAUGCACACACAAACCGAACUGUCAAUCAGACGUUAGAUGACUAGAAAGUACGAGAAAACAAUACAGUACGAACGAGAAAGCCAUAUCGUCUGCAACAAACGUUUAGUGAAACGUUUUAUGCAUAUAAUGAAGUCGGUCAUCGUCAUCGUUCAAUCUCGAUAAAAAACAGCUGCUCACAGCAUCCGGAUUGUUUACACUGCUUGUACAGCCGAAAUAAUAUGUGCAAAGGGCCUGCAGCAAUCUCAACAAGCCCGAAACGUGUGUACUUCGACUGUGCCCCAAAUUAUGCCAGAACACAGGCUUGAGAAAGUCGAUGUUUAUGGUGUGUAUCAAGAAUCUGUUUUUGUGUUUGGUUGACAAAUAGCAAAAAGAAAGUUACCAGUUUGUCCGUCGCGUAUCUCCGCUAGUGCAUAACUUUCCCCGAAACGCGAGAAAGGACGGUCCAAAAAACAAACGGUGUAGUUGUUAACUCAGGACCCGCAGAAUUGAUGUGUGUGUGUGAAUCGUAAACAAAUGGUGAUCUGGUGAGGCGAAAGCGUAAGCGCGGACUCGUUUCUGGUUCGCACGAUUUAGAACAACGUAAACAUGUAUUUGCAACUGCUGUGCUAAACUGUAUGCCUGCCGAAUACCGAAGCCGUAUUGGCGCAGGCGAUUGUUUGGAUGGAACAAUAAGCUUCGCGUACUGCAACAAAGCCCUUCACCAGCUGGCGACCUACUCCAUCGAUCGGGAAAGCGGUCGCUGUACCUACCCGUCGCUUCUGCCUAUGGCUGCUGCUGCUGACGCUCCAAACCAUUGCCGUCAUACGGCCACAAUCACGACCAUCGUCAUUGAUCCUGGCAUCCGGAAAAGGGAAAGACACAGUGAAGGAAGGAAUCGUUGGAGCAGAAUUUUAGAGAGCACACCGUAGCGGGGGCUGCUGCUGGCAUCAGUAUGGAUGGGCCGAAGGAAACGGACGACGACGAGCAGGUACAUCCGCGGGUCAUCAUUCACAUCGAUAUGGAUUAUUACUACGCUCAGGUGGAGGAGGUACUGAAUCCUGCCCUCAAGGAUAAGCCAUUUGCGGUAAAGCAACGGUUUUGCGUAGUUACUUCGAACUAUAUCGCACGCCAGCAGGGCAUCCAGAAGCUGCAGCCUGUGAAGGAAGCACUUGCCAUAUGCCCCGAGCUGGUGCUUAUCAAUGGAGAAGACAUUACCAAGUACAAAGAAAUGUCGGUACGGAUAAACGAAAUCAUGCAUCGGUUUACCCCGCACGUCGAAAAGCUUGGGCUGGACGAGAACUAUCUGGAUGUGACCGAACUUAUAGCGGAGCGGCUCGAACAGCUGGAAGCUACUGGUGACCUGGCACAAGUGAACAACGUCGAGGGACUCAUCCAUCCACCGCCGGAUAGGAAUGUGUCCGAAACGGAUCGGGAUAUUUUUCGCCGAUGUUGCUCCUGCGGUUGUGAUCGAAGACUGAUUUUGGCCACCCACUUAGCGAAAGAUAUACGGGACAGCAUAUUUAAGGAGCUCGGAUUGCGAUGCUGUGCUGGCAUUGCACAUAACAAGUUGCUAGCGAAACUGGUCGGUGCGGUAAACAAGCAGAACAAGCAGACGGUGUUGCUUCCCACGCACGGAAGCUCGUUCGUGGCAUCGCUCGGUUCGGUACGCAGCCUCACCGGGAUAGGGGAGAAAACGGCACAAACGUUAGCCGACUGCUGCAACGUUAGCACCGUAACCGACCUACAGUACGUUGAGCUGGACAGGCUCACGAAACACCUUGGCUACGAACAGGCCGUACGAUUGAAGCAACUUGCCUUUGGGCGAGACGAUAGCGCCGUAAGGCAGACGGGCAAGCCGAAAUCCGUCGGGCUGGAAGAUUCCUGUCCGUCCAUCUCGGUGCGCGCGGAUGCGGAAGAAAAGUUCCGCCAUCUGCUCGUGCGGCUGGUGAAAAACAUUGCCGACGAUGGUCGAGUGCCGAUCGCUAUCAAGGUUACCGUGCGCAAGUACGAUCUGGCGAAGCGCACCACCCAUCGCGAAUCAAAGCAGGACAAGCUGCUUCCGUCCAUGUUUCGGCAUGUGAACGGGCGGCUCCUGCUGGCGGACGGCGCCCAGGAUAAGAUUCUCGCCAUCGUCAUGAAGGUGUUCGAGCGCAUGGUCGAUCUGCGCCAACCGUUCAACAUAACGCUGCUCGGGCUGUCGUUUUUCAAAUUUCAAGAGCGACGCAUCGGCAGCAAAUCCAUCGCCAACUUUCUCAUCAAAAAGUCCGACAUUGAGGUCCAGUCGAUAACGAACCUGAGCAACGAGUCUAUCACGCUCAGCGAACUCAGCUUUUGCUCGAACAAAUCGUCCCUGUCGGCGAUGGAUUGCGAACCGUGCUGUUCAUCGGAUGCGGGCUCGAUCGCGUCCCUGUCCGGGUCAGAAUCUGACGCCGAACCGUCGCCCAAAAAAUCACGCCGCAUCCUAUUUCCGACGCAUCGUCACGCCGCGGGUGCCCAGGAACAGGGACGAUACGGGAACAGUGAACCGGACGAAACCACGCUCAGCAAGCUGCGGGUAGCCGAUCUACGAUUGAAUUCCAAAGAGUACGAUCAGGACCAUCCACCGGCGAUGGACAUUUCCACCACCCCGAGUGGACCAUCCAAGCUGUCAUCGUUCUUCCGCGAGCGUGCAACCGCAACAUCCGAGCCACUCCCGUGCCGCUCAACGGCCGUGUGCAGCAAAAUGGAGGUCAGUGUUUCACCGGCACCGAACGACGUUCCUUGCAGAGAUCGCGCUGGAGCAGAGAGGGACCACACGGUGAAUAAAAGUCACAGUAAAAGUACAAAUCUGCUGCCGCCUAACGUAGACCCGGAAGUGUUCCAUGCACUGCCCGCUGACGUUCAGCAGGAGCUGCUCUGCAACUGGAGCCGGGCGAAUGGGGGUACUGUGGCCGGCGGAAGUACAGGGAUGGUGGGCGUCGUUAAAGUAAACCAAGGUCCGGGCGGUGCGAGCCCAAACAGUACUCACAACAAUUCCAAUUCCACCACUAGCAGUAGCAGUAGCAGUAAUAGUAACAGUACCCCAACAGCAAAUGCUGCCACACCGGCCGGUAAGGGUAGCUCUAAAAAUACGUUGCAUCGCUACUUCGUUAAAAACACGUAGCAUCGUCGUUAUCUCGUAUCAUCCGGUCGCGUUUUUAGCGUAUAUGUCGUGUUGCGUCAUCCGCGGUUGUCGCACACACCACGGAGUACCCAGAGGUCACGGAUGGUUUUAUCGUCUAGAUGGUGCAGUUGAUUUUUGGGCAUGAUUGCGCUCUCUAUUCCCUUGUAAACCGCACCGGAACGCUACCUUUUAGCUCCUCCGAACGUAUAUAGUGAGAAGAAUUGGUUGUUAGUUUCGUAAUUUCGUGUUUUUGUUUUGUGUGGUGUAUUUUUUAAGUAUUUGAAAGAUGUUUUGUGUUUUUUUUUUUUACUAUUGAGUUUUGUUCGUCUUUCCACACACUUUUUGUCUUCUUUUGUCCGAUCAACAGAACCACAUUUAAUUGCUAAAUGAUUCAUUAUUGCUCUAUUGCUCAACAGUGUAUUUGUACAUAUACUUACUACCUUCCUCAAUAGUGGUUUCUCUGGUUUCGCGCAUCAUUCAUCUACAUAAACCAUUCCCGCCGGAGCAGUAGGGAGAGAAACGGGAAGAGAAGAAUCAAACAGUUUAGUAGUAAAACAAAAGAGAGAGAGAGAGAGAGAGAAACAACGAUAUAAAAAUUUGUUAA